AUAAAUCUUUUGAGCCCAAAAACGAAGGGCCUAGGACGAGCCGGCUUCAGUAGACCAAUCUCCUCCUCCCUUAUUGUAACAUACAAAACGCAGAGAGAUAAUCCUAACAAUCAAAGCCAAAGAUGAGCAAUAAAGAAGACGCAAAGAGCGAAAUCCAGAAUUCAAACCCUAAUUCUUCUAACAAUCAAAGCCAAGGAUCCAAGGGGAAAUCAUGCAAAGGAUGCCUUUAUUACUCUUCAGCUCUUAAAUCCAAAUCCCGAAACCCCACCUGCGUUGGCAUCCCUAAGACUCUCCAACAAGUACCCAGCUACAUGAUUGGGGAAUCCGAGUUGGAAGCUUCCAAGGAAGGCCGCACUCUUACAGAUUUCAAGUAUGCUUGUGUUGGUUACUCCGUAUACUUAGAUAACAAAGAUUCUUCGACUGAUCAGGCUCAUAAACCAGUUGAAUUACCAUUCUGUGUCGGUCUCGAGGUAUUGUUGGACAGAACACCUGCAUCUGCUGACCAUAUUCCUGCCAAUAUCCAUAAAAACAAAGAAAUCCACGGACUUCCUCAACCUCAAGCCCACAAGUCAACGCAGUCAAUAGGAGACGAGUACUAUAACAGGUUUAAGAGAAAUGCGGGCCUUGUCGCAGCAGGUGUUGUGAAGAAUCUGAAUAAAAUUGGAAACCGCAUAAAAGAAAGUCUGGACGACAUUCUGUACAGGCGACCAAAGUGAGAUUGCUGAGCACAGUUAUGAUAUAUACUUGAGAGGGAAGCUUAAUACAAACUUAUAAUGAUUCUACUGUUUUUUUGUCUCCAAUUUGAAUUAAAUCAAGUACUCUCUCUUCAGAGCAGGAGGGAAGAAGCAUUUGACUGUUGUAAUAAACACCUUUUAAUUGAGUAUAUGAAGUCACUCCAACAAUCGGAGCUUGUUUAUUUA